AUGGACUCCUACAAUAAGUCUUACCAUGAUGAACAUGGCCUUCCGAUGCCUUUCUCGUUCUCCAGUUUCGACUUCUCAGUCGCCUUCCGGCCCAGCCCUGCGCCAUCCGAGCCUUGCAUUUCACCUCCAGUCGAUCCUUCCCCCGAGAUUACGAGCGCUGAGCUUCUUCGCAUUCAGCCUUACCUGAAGUACCCCGGCUUCGACCUCCCCGAGCUCGUCAUCACCGACAAGAAUAAAUCACUGGCCGCCGUCUUGCGCACCCACCGCGACACCUGCGAUCCCGGCGACCGAGACUCCCCCGUCGAUUCCGACCAGAUGCCCUACUACGUCUCCCUCCAAGUCGAGGCCGUUUUCGCCGCUGCAGUCGGUGUUCUGUACACCAACAAAGACAUGACGCCCUCCACCCCUCUCAUGUGGCAGAAGGUCCAGCGCGUUCUCGAGACGCGCGACGCCGCCUAG